CACACAUCCUACACACUCCCCGCUUGAACAUCUUGGAGUUUGGAAUCACACUGCAGUGAACGAAGUCCCUUGGGCUCGAUUGUGUAUUUUCUGCGGCAUUACAACCCUGAAGAUCCAAUCCCUCACCACAGACAUAAGCAAGAUCUUACAACCAACAUACAGUCCUACCACCAUGAAGGUCGAAGGCCGCACAUUCAUUAUAAGCGGCGGCGUGUCUGGCCUUGGCCUCGCCACUGCCCGCGCCCUGCAUGCCCUCGGCGCCUACGUCUCUCUCCUCGACCUGAACAGUGACAACGGCUCUAAGAUCGUCUCUGAGCUGGGCUCGCGGUCAAAGUUCUUCGAGACCGAUGUCACUUCGACCGAAGCCAUCGCUUCCGCAAUCGCCGGAACCAUAUCCUGGACCAAAGAGUCCAACGCGCCCAUCGGCGGCGUCAUAGCAGGUGCCGGCGUCGGUCUGCCAGGCCUGAUAAUCGACAAGAAAAAUGAACCGCUGAGCAUCGAAAGCAUAGACUUCGUGCUCAACAUUAAUCUGCGCGGCACCCUCGACCUCAUCCGCCAAGCUCUCCCACACAUGACGCAAAACACCCCCUCUGGCGCAGACGGCGAGCGUGGUGUCAUAAUCAUGAUCGCUUCCUCUGCCGCCUUCGACGGGCAAAUGGGCCAAGUCGCGUACGCUGCGUCCAAGGGCGCGGUGGCGAGCUUGACGCUCCCGCUUGCUAGAGACCUGAGCAAGUACGGGAUCCGCGCUGUGACGAUUGCGCCGAGUAUGUUCGACAGUGCGAUGACGAAGAUGAUAAGCGCAAAGGUCAAGAAGAGCCUUGAGAGUAGUAUGGAGUUUCCCAAGCGCGCGGGGCUGCCGGAGGAGUUUGCCAGGCUGGUGGUGGAGGCGGUGGGGAACGAGAUGUUGAAUGGGACAGUGUUGAGGUUGGAUGGGGCGAUGAGGAUGCCGGCGAGGCUGUAGGGGUAUCAUUGUUCUCUUCUAUGUUGAUAGUUUCAUGGUGAUGAGGGGCUCAGCGCUUGCGCUCCCUGAUCUUGAAUUUGACGCCGUUCUU